GAAUGCAUGCAUCGCAAUCUUCUUCCAUUGCAUGCUCAAGUCAAAAGUGGAGGCACCAGAAAAUACGACAAAUAGAAAGAAUGCCACCACAACCUCCACCUCCACCUCCACCUUCCACCAACACCACUAGCAUAUCCCACCAGACACGUUCCUUUUUUUUUUCAUGAUGAAUUUUUAAUACCAAAACUCACGAAGCUACUAGAAUUUCAUGAACCCAUAGAGUUAUCCCCAUUUCUCUACUAUAUAUGCAGACCCUACCUUCACAUAUUUCACUCACAAAAAAUUCUACUUUGUUAGCAUAAGAGUUAAGUGAGAUUGCUAAUACUUCACUUAAUCACACUGAGCUUUUAAGAGUGUUUUGAAAAUGGCAAAGCUUAGUUGCAGGGUUAUUGGGUUUGCAUUCUUGAUUUUGCUCCUUGUGGAUAUUACCUUUGCUACUGCUAGACAAAGCAAGGCUAUUGGUACAAAUGGGGGAGGUGGCGGCGGUGGUGGAGAAGGAGGAGGUGAAGGUGGUGGAUGGGGUGGGUCAGGUUCUGGCUACGGGUCAGGAUAUGGGUCCGGAAGAGGAUCUGGCUAUGGUGGUGCACUAGGGUCUGGUGGUGGAGAAGGUGGUGGUGGUGGCAGCGGCGGUGGAGGCGGGUUUGGGUCGUCAGGUAGUGGAUACGGGUCAGGGAGUGGAAGUGGUUAUGGUUCAGGAUAUGGGUCUGGAAAUGGGGGUGGAGUAGGAGGUGGUGGUGGUGGUGGCGGUGGUAAAGGAGGUGGUGGUGGUGGAGGCUCCGGUAAUGGAAAUGGAUAUGGAUCCGGGUAUGGAAGCGGGAGUGGCUCUGGAUAUGGAAGUGGUGUUGGUAAUGGAGGAGGUGGAGGUGGAGGCGGAGGAGGCGGUGGUGGAGGAGGAGGAGGCGGUGGAGGCAAUGGUUCAGGAUAUGGUAGCGGAUCUGGAUAUGGAGAGGGGUAUGGGUCAGGAUACGGCGGUGGCGGUCAUGAAUAUCAACCAUGAGGGUGAAGGUUAAUCAACUUAGUUUUAGGAAGCCAUGCAUGCAUAAAUCGUAAUUCAAUAAUUAGCCAAUAUUAAUUUGCGACUUGUAAUUUCUAAAAUAAAAUUGUGACGGAUUCACCCCGUGCUUGCGUGGCGACGUUGUGAACGUCGCAAUACGUGAAAGUCCUCGGUAUUUUAGUUUACAUCAUUACUAUAUCAUAUAAUAUUUUGUCACCAUGUUAUAAUAAAAAUUAUACUUGUUUUUGUUGAAUAAA